UGGUGCGGGCGGUAAAGUGAAGCCAAAAAUCAUCCGGUUGGUUCAAGAACCUGAGCGAUAAUGAGUGAGAGUGCGAUCAAACACCACCAGCCUUUGGAGUUCGAUUCAAAGUUGGAGCAGUGCGGACUUAACUGUAAAAACAGCGAGUUGAACAGCAGAAAAAUGGUGGAAGUGCAGGAGUACUACGAUUUCAUCCUGCCUCUGGUGCUGGAGGCUGGCAAAGUGAUGGCCGAGGUGGAGGAGGUAGAGGUGGAGUUCAAGCAGGACAUUGUCUGGGACCUGGUGACCAUUUACGACCGCAAGAUCGAAGAGGUUUUGAUCAAUAAAAUCAAGGAGAAAUACCCCCAGCACAAGUACAUCGGAGAGGAGGAGACGGCCAAGAGCGGCCACACUGCAAAGCUGACCGACUCCCCGACUUGGAUCAUCGAUCCCAUUGAUGGGACCGCAAACUUUGUGAGAAGGAUGCCACUCACUGCCAUUUCCGUGGGCCUAACCAUCAACCAAGUGCAGGUGUUGGGGAUCAUCUACGAUCCCUACAAGAAGGAAUUGUUCACCGCGAUUAAAGGCAAAGGAGCCUAUUUGAAUGGCAAACGAAUAUCCACCAGUGGAUGCAAAGUCAUCGAAAAAUCAGUGAUGAGCUACGAGAUCAGCAUAGCCAGACGCAACGACUACUACUACAACUUGUACAUGUUUCGGAUGAAGCACCUGAUCAGACGCAUUCAAGGAUUCCGCUCUUUAGGCACGGCCGUUUUGGGACUCUGUUAUGUCGCGUGCGGAAGACUGGACGCCUACCAAUGCGAUGGACUCUACCCAUGGGACGCCGCUGCUGGAACCCUCAUUGUCAUUGAAGCUGGCGGACAUGUGGUGGAUUCAGCUGGAAAGGAAUUUGACUUGAUGGACCCCAAUUUUCUGGCCUCGGCCUCCAAGCCGCUGUCCGAUGAGUACAUGGAGCUGGAACGUAGAGCAGAUGAAGAACAGCUGAAGUUUGCCCGUGAAAAAAUUGGGUUUUCUCCCUAAAGACUUGUUUUAAUCAAGUUUUCUCCAGUUUCCAGCUGGGGUUUAGUAGAACCAGUUGAUGGGCUGCUGCAUUGAAUAGUGUUUAAAUUCAAGAGUGAAUUAACGAUUUUCUGUGAUGACCUAAUAAAAAAUUUUUAGCCUU